AUGAAAUAUCCAAGUAUAUCACUCAGUUGGAAGCAUGAAGAAACGCUACAACUUUUCGAACUUAUGGAGACGGAAGAUGAUUGGCUUGUGCGCAUCAAGAAACUUGUGGAAAACUUUGGUGAUGAAAGACCGGCUGGUUUUUUUACAGAAAAAAUGUGUAAAGAUGAAUUUGAACGAGUUAUGUCAAGUGGUCAUCCAGAGCAUUUCCUACGAAAGCCAGGUGAAAAAUAUUCCCGAAAAGAACUCAUUCAUGCUUGGACGGUUUAUUUAAAGAAAGAGUUAAAAAUCAAGAAAGCACAAGAGGAAGAGCUACUUUUGGUGAAAUUACGUCAGAAAGCAGAUCUUUUUAAUCGUUUAUUCUCAUCUGAUAGUGAUUUAACAGAUAAAGAAGUAGAAAAAUUAUUGGAGGAAGCUCGCGAAGAAGAUAGUACGCGUGAUCAAGAAGUCGUUCAAAAGGAAAUUGAAAUUGGUACAAAAAAUUUAAAAGAAUAUCUAAUCCUUCACGAAACAAAUCCAAUUAAAUAUCCACAGUUGAAGAUCAUCAUACCACCGUCUCAUCCAUCCCAAUCGUCCGCCAAUGAGGCACCAUUUUCUCCAAUUAAGCCUCUUUUCGAAGGCCUUUCCUUCCAACCAAAGAUAACUUCACAGACAAAAGCAUCGUCUGUUGUAAAUACCACUUCUGGAUCUCCCUUAUGCAGGAAGAUCAGCAGUCCACAGCAUCCAAGUGCUUCGGAAAUGUUGGCUAGCGAAUCUUCAGAUGGUGCCGAAAUAUUAUCAUCUACUCAAGGAAGAUUACGAACACAAUCAGUUAGCUCACGACCACAAUCACUGACUGGAAAUAAUGCAUCAUCCUGUCAAACCGAAGCAAUAGAAAACUCCGAAAGCUUUACAUCACAGUCAGUAUCAAGUGAGUUGAUCCUUAAGUCACCCUCGAGAAGUAAUACUGACGAAAUUCAGGCUGCUACAUCAGGGACACCAGAUGAGGCUAAAUUACCUUGUGUUACCACCGAAAAUGAAAUGGAGGAAGGAAUGAGCUCAACGGUAGAAGAGAUAGUUGAAAAGAAAGAAACGGUGAAAACAAGACGGACUCAAAAAAUUGUUACGCGGUCAUCGGGUAGCUCAAGUAACAUGGAUAGUGAAAUAGCAUUACCAGUGCAUCAUGAACAUUCCUUAAGAAAUCGUCGUUUUUCUGCUGCUUCCUCCAUUUCCAUGAAAAGUCCAAAAACAUCCGAUUUUAUGAGCAAAGAGGAGAAAAAUGUUGUGGAGGAAGAGGAUGAAGGAAAAUUACGACGAUCAGAAAGAUGUCAGGCAAAGGUUGAAAUAGAAGCUAGUGCAUGUGUAGUACCUGCACAAACAGGAAGACGAAAGCGAACAGCAAAGUUGGAAAUUGUUGGUAAUAAUGAGGAAGAAGUGAAGGCAUCACCUGCUAAACGACGGCGAUUGUCCAGCAAAGAUGUUGAAAAUGCUGAGAAAAAGGAUGUUAAAUAUCGAGUCGAAAGCAACAUUGAGUUGCAAUCAAGUCCAGAACCUGAAAAAGAAGUGAAACAUGCUGUGGAGGGUGAAUCAGAUGAUGAUAAAAAACUUGUCGAUUUACGCACAAGAAGUCGAACAUCAAAAGUAGUUGUUUCUACUGGUGAGAAAUUGAAAUCAGGAACAUCUUCAGAAACUUCUUCAGUUAGAUCGCCAAAAAGAAGUGCAGUUGUAACACGUUCAAGUCGUCGACAAACAAGAAGACGUGGUUCAACUGAUGGUGAUGUAGAACAGAAAGCUCUUAUGGUUACUGCAUGGCGAAUGGUUUCCAGUCAUCGACAUGCUGCUAUUUUUGCCCAUCCUGUAUCUGAUCGAGAUGCUCGAGGUUACUCAAAAACCGUUAAAAGUCGUAUGGAUUUGAGCACGUUAAAGAAGCAGCUAGAUGGUGGUAAUCUGUCAGGAAUGAGUGAUUUUAAGCGGAAUGUACUACUAAUGUUUGCAAAUGCAGUAAUGUUCAAUAGUACAGGUCAUGAUGUAAAUCAUUAUGCAAAAGAAAUGGCUGUUGAUACGUUGAGCUCACUGAAGAUGCUGCAAAAAGAUGUAUUAUUUGUUCGAGGUACAACACAUAUGACUCGAAGGAGUGCUGCAUUUGCAGCAGAAGAGGCUAAAUUUGAACGUUCAAGAUUUUCAAGCCCACGUGUCACUCCUAUAAAUUCGGAAGAGCCUGGUAAAGAGAAAACAUCUGACAAUGCUUCACGAGAAGCUAGCGAAACUCCAAAAACAUCACGUAGCGGAAGAACUUGUAAAGAAUGA